CUCACUACUCUCAAUCCCUCACAACUCACUCCCUGCUGGUUACUUUUAUCAUCUCAAAAAAUUCAACUCAUACACACAGAAGAGAUUUGUAAUGAUAGCAUUGAAUUGAAUUGAAUUGAUGUGAUGACGUGUUGACUGAUUGUUAGAUUAACGGCUGAAAAGGCUAGUUCUUCGUUUGAUGAAAGUGAAUGGGAGAUUGUUCAAGAAAUUCGGUGCUUUGUGUUUCGUAGGGUGCAAGGGACGAGGAAGUUAAUUGAAGUGACUGCUGCUUCAGAGUAGAGAAAGGUUUUUCAUUUCAAAAUUUAAAUUGAUAGGUCUGCUUCUGGUUGAUUUUGUUGAUUUGCACUAUGGGUGUCUCAGGAAAGUGGAUAAGGGCAUUGGUUGGUUUAAAAAAGUCAGAAAGGUCACCGUCUUCAGAAAAGGAUGAAAAUAGGGCAGCAACUAGCAAGUUUCGGCAUCAUAGAAAGCAUUCAGUGGAGAUUGAUACUGAUGAACUUCAAGAUGAAUUUGAUCAGAAUGUUGUUCCACAAGUUGGAGAUAUUAAUACAAAUGUGAUUGCGGAGACUGUUGGCUCUCCUUCAGAUUCACUGCAAGUGCAAAAUAUUGUUCACGAUCAACAAAACUUGAGAGAAGAAUGGGCUGCAACACGCAUCCAAACAGCAUUUCGUGGAUUUUUGGCUAGAAGAGCUUUACGAGCAUUGAAAGGGUUAGUGAGACUUCAAGCCCUUGUCAGAGGUCAUGCGGUGAGAAAACAAGCUGCAAUAACUCUUCGCUGCAUGCAAGCUUUAGUCAGAGUUCAGGCCCGUGUUCGAGCAAGGCGUGUUCGAUUAGCUUUGGAGAGUCAAACUGCACAGCAGAAACUUCAGCAACAACUUGCAAAUGAGGCUCGUGUUCGAGAAAUAGAGGAAGGGUGGUGUGACAGUGUAGGAUCAGUUGAAGAAAUUCAAGCCAAGUUGCUCAAGAGGCAGGAGGCUGCUGCCAAGCGUGAGAGAGCCAUGGCAUAUGCUCUUGCCCAUCAGUGGCAGGCAGGAUCGAGACAGCAGUCUGCCCCUUCUGGAUUUGAACCAGAUAAGAGCAGCUGGGGAUGGAACUGGUUGGAGAGAUGGAUGGCUGUCCGGCCUUGGGAAAACCGCCUUCUUGACAUUAAUCUUAAGGAUGGAGUAAUGAUACAUGAGAAUGAAUCAGCUGAGACUAACAGUGGCUCCAAGUCUCAGAUAAAAUCUUCUGGCAAGAAACCAUUUUCCUCCAACCUUUCAAUUCAGAAAACAGGUCCAUCUCAGUCUGAUGGAAGUAGUUCUUCCCCUGGCAUAUCAGCAGGCAUGCUAGAGGCAUUCGCAAUGCAGUUUGCCAAGCCAAAGUCCAAACCACUUCUCGAAGAUGUAAUUGAAGAAGUCAAUUCAAGGCCUGCUGGAAUUGGUGCCAGAUCCCAUAGUAAUCCAAAAGAGAGAUCCACACAAUCAGAUAAAGCAGUAAAGAAGCGCCUGUCUCUUCCUAACAAUGCUGUCGAGGCUCAUGGGACUCGGACAACAAGGGUUGGAAGAUCUGCUGCUGCUAAAGUGACACCAGGCUCUCAUAAACCCAUCAAUGGUAAAGCCAAGAUUAAUGGAAAAGGGGAUUCAACCCCUAAAAGAUCUGUUCCGGUGUCUUGAUCUGUAGCAAUAAGAAUGCAAUGGAAGAAGCAAAUCCAUUCAGGUACCCCUGUUUCCAUAUGUAUAUAGAGUCACGUUUUGAGGAGAUGAAUGAAAUCAUGCUGCAUAUUUUCCAUUCAAGAUAUUGGUGGUUUUAUCAUAGUGGAGUCAGUUUCACAAUGAGAGGGUGGGCAGGCAUGUGACGGAAUAAGAUUGGCAGAUUCAAUGUGACUGUUGUAUUCAUCUUUCAUUUAUGUUUUUAAUUAUGUGAUCGCAUAUAAUUUAGUUUCAAAUGUAUGAUUUCGAGAGCAGCUGUUGUUUCAGUACUGUGGUUGUGGGUUUUCUUUUUUCCAUUUGGAGUCGUUGGGUUAAGGGAAUUUGAAAUCAGCAAUGGGCAGUGUAGUGGAUUUAUUUGUAAUCCUUAUUUAGGUCUUAGAAUUCUGUAAAUGUUAUCAAGUUGCAAUUUAGAGUUGGGUCAGUAAAACCCGAGGAACUGAUCAUAGCUACAAAUUCUUCCACUAUUCUUAAUUUCUUUCAUGCAAUGCAAGUGGAUAAAACUAAGAAAAAAUCUGUAAUAUAUUUUAAGCUACGGUAGAAUAUAUUAUCAAGUGAAUUUGUUA